AUGCGGGAUCAACAACCUGUCCAACCUCGCGACAAUUUCGCCCCGAUACGAGAGCAGCAGCCGGACGAGCCUGGCAACGGUAUCCCGCCAGCCAGCUUGGAAGAAGAAAUAGUAGAAGACGAUGAGCUGCUGAUCAAUUUAUUUUAUACAAACUUCCAUUUCGCCCAUCCAUUUUUGGUUCCCCGAGGCCUCUACUUCUCACAGAACUAUCCUCCGUUUCUGCGAGUCGUGGUUCAUUUGAUCGGCUGCCACUUUUCUGGCACAGCUUGCAGCGAAACACUGGAAGGCAUUUCUUGUCGGUUGAUUGAACGAGCUCGAAGUGAUGGUAAUCGUGGCUUCGUCUUGGUGCAAGCAAUGUUGCUUUUAUCCAUUGCUCUACACGCACGCAACGAUUCGAACAAAUCAGUCUCGAUGUUGUCCAAGGCCGUUUGCUUGGCCAUUGACAUAGGUCUGCAUCGCAAAGACCACGCACUCAUUUACGGUAAGGGAUCCCCAGUGCUAGAGGAGAGUCUAAGGAGAACAUGGUGGGAACUGUACGUGACAGACGGCUUCGUGGCGGCUUUGCAGCAAAGGACGGGCUUUCGCUGCUACGCCGUCGAGACAGACGUGCCGCUCCCAUGCGAUGAGUCCAUGUACGUCGAAGGCGGUUUCAUUGUGCAACCCACAACGCUUUCUCAGUUUGACGGUCGGAUAUACACCGAAGAUGAACUUCGCUUCUCGUCCUUUGCGUAUAGGAUAGAGGCGGUUCGCAUUCUUGGACGCGCCCUUGCGAUAGCUGGGAUUCACGAUAUCCACCGAGAUCAGAUCCAGGGCAUUGAGAAUGCGUUGGCCGCCUGGCCGCAUUAUCUAGACCUGGGAAAAGUUGAACCCAUUGAUGUUUCAGGCGAGGUUGACAACAUGCUGCUGCAGGCCCAUAUGCUGAUACAGUACACCAUCAUGAUAAUCCAUUUUCCUCGGAGCGAUCUUAUAGACGCCGCCACGACCACUGCGAGCGAUAUUCCGACCUCCUCCCUCCUGCCUGUUUACUCCCGGUCGAUGCACGGGGUCAAGGCUGUCGAGGCAGCGAAGCGUCUUGGCGACCUGGUUGCCUUGCAGAAUUCAGCGAAGAAAUACUCGCCCUUCUUUCUAAGCGGACUUCUUCUCAGCAGUGUUGUUCAGUUAUCUGCCUGUUUUCUCCGCCCCUCUGGAUUUCAGCAGCACUAUCGUGAUCGUCUCUGCCUGAUUACAGGCUUGCUGAGAACAUUGAGUCCAGUUUGGGCGUUAGCACGCUCAACUUGGGCAACUAUAAAUGCAAUGACACUGGAGGCUCUGGCCAAGAACAACGAGUUGAUAUCUGGGCAAACCAAGUCUCUUGGUGACAGUGCUAUCGACGUGGGAGCCUCAGCAGCUGAGCUCAGUAUUACGGAUUUUUCAUGGAUGGGGCUUCUAACUUGGGAUCCGGGAGAAUGA